AUGGAGGGCCGCGGACGUCGACGCCGGCGUGGGCGCGGGCGCGGGCGCGGUGCACACUGGGAGCUGUCACUAGGCCGUCCGGCUCCCGACCUGCGUGUCGCUGCCGCGGUUGCCAGGAGAGCGGCGCCGGCAGGAGCGGCCGAGCCCCCAGGUAACAGCGUCCCCGCCCCGUCCCCCCAGCGCGGCUGUGAGGCCGCGGCCUCCGGCCCGGCGCGGCCUCCUCAGCCGGCCUCGUCCCUGAGCCGCUGGGACGGCCGGUGGGUCCGGCUGCGGGAGCGUCGCGGGUAUUGCCGCCCGAGCCCCGCCUGGAAGCCGCGAAACCCGCCGGCCGCCCGCCCCGUGGUUUCCGUGAAGGCGGGACUGGCGGGCCGGGGCCCGGCGGCGGCGCGAGGGCGGCCCGGGGCCCCGGGGGCCGGAGGCGGGGACCCGGGCGUCGGGUGGCCGGGCCGAGCCUCCUGCGCAGGGGGCGCGCGGUACGCGGAGUUGAGGCGGCGGUAG